AACCUGUUUUUCCCGGUCUCAUUCAGCUUCCUGCGUCUCACUAUUGGCGUUACGCCUGCGGAUUGACCGCUUCGAAUAGUGUAUGAUACGGUGUGCGAACGAAAGGAUGACCCGUAUAGGAAAGCAAGUUUAGUAAGGUCGCUGGGUAUAAAUUUGAGCCUAUACGCACUUCAAAAAAUGGCAGUCCCAGACAGUUUUCACCAUACACUACUGACCUCCAAGAAUCAUUCACCACUGUCUAUUCAACUAGAUCGUCAGAUAUAACUUCUACUCUUUAACGAUUCAACUACUACCCAACCAUGGCAGCCACGAUUCCGACUACAAAGAGCAUUGGCAGCGUUGGCGGUUGGUUGCCCCCCAACUCUAAUGUCAUGCUUGACUGGGUCAGAAAACUCGUCAAGAAAGUAGACGAUGCUCCUAAAACACCUUAUCGCGGCAGGCCCGGUGGUUCGUUUUAUCCUCCGGAAGUCAAAGAGCUCCAGGAUUUGAUUGAAAGUACUGUGGAGCAUCGUAUGUUGGCGUCGGCUAUGUUUGAUGAGGUUCCCAAUAAGCCUCCUUAUAACCGCGAUCCGAAAGGGACUAAAACGAUUCGCGGCUAUCGACAUAUGCUUAGAAUAAUGAGCUGCAUCAUGACCAAGGUUGCUCCAGAGUGGAGCCAGGAUGGUUACGACAAUGGCUUGAUUGGCUUCCCGUUCAACGCCAUCCUAGAUUGGCCCAUGGCUACCCCUAGUGGGUAUGCGUUCUUUCUCAAAGCAGAUGUGAACGAGAAAUUCAAGAACAUCCUUAACACCUGGAAGACGAAUAUCCUUGUGACCGAAGUUUCCAGGGAUUUGGUUCUGACUAAGGAGCCCAAUGGGUGGUUCAGCGAACAGGCACUAAAAGUCCUUACGGAGGAUAGCAACCCCACGACGGAGUCAGAUCCUAUACCAUUUGACGUACUCUUCAAAUGCGACAAGACAGACCCCCACUACGGAUUUGCUUCAUGGGAUGACUUCUUCACUAGAAGCUUUAGGAACAUGGAUGUGGACCGACCUGUUGAGGAAAAGGAAGAUGAAUAUUGGGUAGUGACCUCGUGCGAGUCCAAAAUAUUUUCCAUGCAGAGGAAUGUGAAUAAGCUAGAUAGCUUUUGGUUGAAAGGACAACCGUAUUCGGUGAAAGAGAUGGUGGUGGGACCAGACGACUCGGAAUUCCCAGACGACACUGUGGACAAGUUCGUCGGCGGUACCGUCUAUCAGGCUUUCCUCAGUGCUACUUCUUACCAUCGCUGGCACUCGCCGGUGAAAGGAAAGGUUGUAUAUGCUAAAGUCAUUGAUGGGACUCUAUUUUCCGAACCACCCAUUAAUGGCUUCUAUAACCCCGAUGACAACCCUGACCACAAGCCUGAUCCCGCCGGACCUGACUUAUCCCAAGGUUACAUCACUCACGUUGCAACACGUGCCGUGUACUUCAUUGAUACAGAAGGUCCCGCUGGUUUGGUCGGCGCUGUCUACGUGGGUAUGGCUGACGUAUCUACAUGUGAGAUCGGAGCGAAAUUCAAGAGGCUAGAAAAACAGGUUGGGCUUACGGAGGAGGGAGUUGAAGUCGAGAAAGGAGAGGAGAUUGGGAUGUUUCACCACGGCGGUUCCACUCAUUGCCUUCUCUUCGAAAAGGAUGUGAAAUUGUUAUUUGCAUUUGAAACUGGCUUAAAAGAUGCUGACAAGAACUUUCCAAUUCGGAGCAAGUUAGCUCAGGUUCAGCAGUAAGUAGUGCGAUAAGGUUAACGAAAAAGGAAAAAGAACGCCUUAAAUGUUAUUUCAGUAACUUUAGACUAGAAUUUGAGAAAUUAACAGUCUUACGCCCGUUUACGCCAUUAGCGCCAUAUAACACAU